AUGGCGGGCAGUCUUCACGCCCAAAUCACUGAGUCGCUGACGCCUGGGCGCGUCUUCGGCUCGCUUUUCCUCGUUUUUGUUGGUCUGCUUAUCCUCGAUCAUACAUGGAAGCCCACAUACCCAGAGAACAUUCCCGUCGUGGGCUAUGGGAAGGGCACCGUGGCACGCUUCAAGAACUUCUACUACUACAUGUUUCGCUAUCGAGACUGGGUCAUUGAGGGCUACAAGAAGUACAACAAGCAGAAUCGCGCAUUCGUGGUCCCCGCUGCCGCAAGCCGAGCACCCGACAUCAUCCUUCCACAAUCCCUUACGAAAUGGCUCCUCGAAUACCCGGACUCGGUGGUUUCCGCUCACGAAGCGCAUAACGACGUCCUCUAUAGCGAUUAUAAUUUUCUUGGAAAGGUGUACGCCGACGAUGUGUGGCAUACUCUGGUAAUCCACAAGAGCCUGGCGCGCCACCUCAGCACCCUGAUCCCCGCGAUUGAAGAAGAGGUAUCCGUCGCCGUGGACGAGGCCUUUGGCACAGAUACCCAGGAUUGGAAGACCCUGAAUCUCUGGGACGCCUGGUUGACAAUUGUGCCGCCCGUCACGAACCGGAUGCUUGUGGGAGAGGGCGUGUGCCGCACCAAAGAGUUCUGCAAGGCCAUGGUUUCGUUUGUCGAUCAGGUCAUUCUCAACUGUUUUGCGCUGCACAUGGUUCCCCAGACCAUCCUUCCCAUCCUUGGGCCUUUGAUCGCAUUACCCAACUGGUGGCUAUGGCGCAAAGCCUCCAAGCACAGCUUGCCGGUGAUCAGGAAACGACUCGACGACAUGGCAAAGAAAGAGGCGGGCGAUCCGGCGUAUGAGAGCUGGAUCGCGCCCGAAGACUUCAUCACCUGGGACAUCCGCAUGGCCAAAUCCGAGAGGAAGUUCUUCGAACUCGAUCCCUACGUGAUCUCGAAGCGACUUCUGCCGAUCCAAUUCGCCGCCAUUCACACGACCGUCAUUACGGGUCACAGCAUAGUCCUGGACUUGUUGAGCUCUGACCCGGCGAAGGGCUAUAUCGAAGGUAUCCGGGAAGAAGCAGAGCGCGUUCUUCGCGAGGAGGGCGGCCGCUGGACAAAGAAUGGACUUUCACGGCUAUAUCGCCUCGACAGCGCAAUCCGAGAGAGCCAGAGGCUCAGCAAUUUCAGCUGUACUCUGAUGGAGCGCAAGGUUAUCGCCAAGGAGGGAAUCACCAAUGAGCAGGAGGGGUGGCAUCUACCAAGAGGCACGUUCCUCACCGUGAAUCUCGAAGGUCUUCACCACGACGAUGAACUGAACGCCAACGCGAGGGAGUAUGAUGCGUUCCGGACGAGCAGGCAGAGGGAAGAAUACGAGGCGAAGCCACAGUCAGAACGCAACUUGGAUGAGGGAUUGAGGUUAAAGAAUCUUGGCAUGGUUACAACAAGUGAUGCUCAUCUGCCUUUCGGACAUGGAAGACACGCAUGUCCCGGCCGCUUCUUCGUCGCUCACGAGCUGAAGAUGGUUGUCGCCAAUUUGUUCCUCAAUUAUGACGUCAAGCCACUGGCCGAGAGACCUAAGCACCAAUGGGUUGGCGUAACUGUAGUCCCGCCCGUUGACGCAAAGAUCGAGCUCAAGCGCAGGAAAGGUACUGUAUGA